GUACCCGAUUUUUCGAACAAAAACAUACUAAAGAUUUUGGUUAUUGGUUGGCUAGUCGUUGCUGAAUCUUUCAGUUUUAGUCAAUUUUAGAACUCCACAAAACUGUGCAGUAAUUGAUUCUCGUGUAGCACUCGUAAACGAUAGACCGAUCCAAAAUUGAGAACAACAAAAGUAAAUCAAGUGCUGGAAAAUCUUCCAAAAGCAAACAGCAGCAGGUCAGUGCGAUGAAGCCUACUAUCGUUGCAGACGAGAUGUUCCCGGAGGGACCGGGUCCUUUCAUGGAUUUGGAAGAGGCUGGUGGAUCUACGGGAUUAUUGAUGGAUUUGGCGGCCAACGAAAAGGAUGUUCAUGCAGAUUUUUAUAACGAUUUCGAUGAUCUGUUUGAUGAAGAGGAUGAAAAUUUAGUUUGAAGUGAUAGGUGAAUACAAAUUUAUGAAUUGAAAAUACCA